GAGCGAAGGAAAUAGGUGGCGUUUCGGGUCGAGACCCUUCGCUCCAAAGGUGCUGCCUCACCCGCUGAGUUUCUCCAGCAUUUUUGUCUACCUUCGAUUUUUCCAGCAUCCGCAUUUCUUUCUUAAAUUAAUCUUAAAGUCAGUCUUCCUGUGGAUCAACCUGUUCUGGUGACUCUCAAUCCCCUGGGCUUUUACACCCAUUCUGUCUGACGUGGGAGCACUUGUAUAUCUUCCACGCUGGAGAUCAGCUUCUGAAUUCGAUGUAUUUUGAAGUUUAAUCCAGUCUCUGAAAUCUCAUCACUACCAUGUUCUUGAAAUGUGCUAAUCCUCAACUUUAAAAAAAUCACCGAAUCGAAAUGUCUUCAAUUUUAUUAGUUUAAAUGUUUCUUUUCGGUGUCGUGGUCAAUCCCUUCCCAUAUUAGGAAGAUUAAUUACCAAGCCUUUAUAUCAUGGUCGCCGCUAAUAUUACAGCGGCUGGUUAAGAAACCCUCUCUGGACAGUUUGAUCUUGCAUAAGUGACCGCGCACGGAGCGGAUGUAGAGGGAGGUUAUAUGGUCUCCUGAUCUUGUUAAAUGUCAACGAUGACGAUCCCACGGGUGUUAAAGACUGCGUUGACCCGCUGCUCAUCUGCAAGUCCCAGACGGGUUGGUAGAGGAGGUGUCACCAGCGCUUCAACGACCUCCAGAGCUCUCGCCUAACCUGAGCCCCCGCCGCCGCACAGUGAGAGUGCUUUGAACAGUAGAACAUUCAGGCGACAUCCAUCGGGCAAGAGAAAGUUGUGGGGGCAGCGCGGGAUGGGGGCUGGCCGUUGCGCUCGAAUUAUUGGAGUAACCCUCAUUCCUCUGGCUUUCAUCUCCAUGACGGCCAGUCUCAUGUUACUCUUCCCAAAUGGAGAAAUUGGCUACUUAAUCAACCAGCACAUUGGCCAGAGAGCUCUGAUUCAGGCCGGACUGUGGGGCAGUGGACUUCUGGUAAGACCACCCAACUUUCAUGGGUGGGUGAGAAAGUGGGAUCCGGUUCAAGGAAUGGGAGGGCAUGAUGCUGGUUUCAAAUGUGCAGGAGUAAGCCAAUGUACAUGCUGUGAGUUGAUUAGUGUCUUCGUGGCUGCUUUACACAUGAACGCUGCCGCUGCUGGCGACGGCUGCUGCUGCUUUUGCAGAAGCCCCAGGCUUAAGAUGUUGGUCUCCAUCUUCUACUCCUUACUCGCUGUUGGUGGAUCGCUUGUCUGCUUUGGUUAUUCUGCUCUCGGACUUGUAGAUGGACCACUCUGUUUAUUUAAUACCACCUUAUCCAACAAGAGCCAGAUUCAGCUGUGGGAUUACCCAUUCUAUACAAAAAGCAUCAGUGCUGAAAAUUACCUACACGACACUUCACUUUGGAAAACUUGUGAGGAACCCAAGAACAUUGUGCUCUGGAACAUAGUCUUCUUCUCUACCCUUAUUGCAGUCAGUAGCUUGGAGGCUCUUUUAUGCUGUGUUCAGAUCUUAAAUGGAUGCUGGGGUUGUAUUUUUGGUAGGUAGCAGCUUUUUCGUGAUAGAUAUCAAGGGGUUCAAGAUCAAGAUCAAGAUCAAGAUUCAAUUUAAUUGUCAUUUGGACCCCUUGAGGUCCAAACGAAAUGCCGUUUCUGCAGCCAUACAUUACAAACAAAUAGACCCAAGACACAACAUAAUUUACAUAAACAUCCAUCACAUCACUGUGAUGGAAGGCCAAAAAAACUUAUCUCUCCACUGCAUUCUCCCCCCCCCCCCCGAUG